GAAAAAGAUAAAUAUUUAACUGUUGAAGUUCACAUAUGGAACGAUACAGUUGCUAAUUUAACAUUAAUGGCAAUCGGUUCAAGUUCACCAGAAAUUCUGUUAUCAAUUACUGAAAUUAUUAGAAAUCGUUUUGAGGCUGGUGAACUUGGUCCUGGAACUAUUGUUGGUUCUGCUGCAUACAAUCUUUUGAUGAUUUCUGCUCUAUGUAUCGCAUCGAUUAAUGCUCCUGAAACAAGAAGAAUAAAAUUAUAUAAUGUUUUCUUACUCACAUCCUUUUUUGGUUUAUUUGCAUACAUUUGGUUAUUCAUUGUAUUAUCGUUAAUAUCAAAAGAUGUUGUUGAUCUUUGGGAAGCAGUCAUUACAUUUCUUUUAUUUCCACUGGUUGUUAUAUUAGCUUAUCUGGUUGAAAAGAAUUUUUUUGCUUCAAGCAAAAUUGACAUCGAAGAAGAGAAACAAAUAUGUAUUUUAACACCAUCUGAGGUAGAUGAAACUGAUAGUUCAGUUGAUUUUCGUAAAGAUGAACUUGUUCAAUAUUUAAGGGAUCUUGGUCAAUCAACCAACUUAUCAUUAGAAGAUAAAGCACAAUUAUUUGCAACUAAAGUAAGUGAAAACAUGCAUCGAUCGCGUAUGGAAUAUCGAAUAGAAGGUACACGAAUGCUUACUGGUGGUAAAUCUUUAUUUUCUAAAUUACCUGACGAACUUCAAGAGACAUAUAAUGCAAUGGAAAAAAGGAAUUCAAUAGAAGAUGAUCAAUCAGCAUCGAAAUUGGAAGAAAUCGAUGAUCAACCAAAUAUCCAAUUUUCUGCCGUUGCAUAUGCUGUACUCGAACGUGAACAAAAAGUUGAAGUUAAAAUUGAACGAACCGGUCCGAUUGAUAUCGAUGUUCGAUUCAGACUUGAUACAAUUGAUGGUACAGCAAUAGCUGGUGAAGAUUAUAUUAAAUUAUCUGAAGAAUUUACAAUGGAACCUGGUCAACGAGAAAAAAAAAUAAUUAUUCAUGUUAUUGAUGAUAAUCAAUGGGAACCCGAUGAAACAUUUUUGGUUAAAUUAUCAUUACCUAAAGGUGAAGAAGCUCAUACAAAAUUAGGUUCGAAAACAGUUGCAAUUGUGACAAUUAUUAAUGAUGACGAACCGGGUUUGAUUGAAUUCGAAGAAACAAUUAUUUUAUGUAAAAAAAGUGUUGAAAGAGCAGAAAUAACAGUUAUACGUGUUAAUGGUGCCGAUGGACAAGUUACUGUUAAUUGUCGAACAAGAGGUAUUGAUGCUACAGCAAUAAAAGAUUACGGACCUAUUGAUAGUGAAGUAAUCUUUGACCAUGGUGAAAUAUCAAAAUUUAUAGCUAUACCAAUUAUAAAUGAUCUUGAACAAGAAAAAGAUAUAAGUUUUGCAGUUGAAUUAUAUAAUCCAACCGGUGGUGCACAAAUAGGAAAACAUAAUAAAACUAUUGUAACAAUAAUAAAUGAUGAUGAUUAUAAAACAAUAGCAAAUAAAAUAGCAUCACUUGUUCAAAGUGAUAUUAAUAAAUUAAGUGUAACGAAAACAACAUGGGAACAACAAUUUACUGAAGCUAUGAGUGCAAAUGGUGGAGAUCUAGAAAAAGCUAAAUUUGUUCAUUAUGUUGGUCAUAUACUUUCAGUUUUUUGGAAAGUUCUGUUUGCCUUUGUACCUCCAACAUCCAUAGCUGGUGGUUGGUUAACAUUUUUCGUUUCACUUGCUUUUAUUGCUAUACUUACCGUCAUUAUUGGUGAUGUAGCUGCUAUAUUUGGUUGUCUUGUUGGAUUAAAAGAUAGUAUAACAGCUAUAUCAUUUAUUGCAUUUGGCAUAUCAUUACCUAAUACAUUUGCAUCAAUGAUUGCAGCAAAAAAUUCUAAAACGGCUGAUGAUGUUAUUAGAAAUAUUACAGGAUCGAAUAGUGUGAAUGUAUUUCUGGGUCUUGGUCUACCAUGGCUUAUUGCUGCUAUUUAUUGGAAAUCGAAAAAUCUUCCAUUUACAGUCAAAGGAGGCGAUUUAUCAUUUAGUGCACUCGUCUUUUCUAUUUGUGGUAUUCUUUGUAUGAUCGUACUUAUACUUCGUCGAUAUUUGGGUGUUUUUGGCAAAGCAGAAUUAGGUGGACCAAUAAUACCUAAAUAUAUAUGUUCUAUCUUUUUUGUAAUUCUUUGGGUUGCUUAUUUGACAUUAUCGGGUCUUCAAGCAUAUGGACAUAUUAAAUGUCCAACACUCUAUUGGAUAUUCAAUUAUCUAUUUGAUAUAAUUACCUCUAUGAUUUGUAUUUAUUGUAUAUUUGAUGUUGCCUCUAACGGUUCACCAAAUAGUCGAACAACAUCAGCAAGUAAAAUACCAGUUGAAUUUGCUACUCCAUGGGAUUUACGAGUACAAUUUUAUCCAUUAACAAUAAUAAUUGCAUUACCAACAUUACCAUUUGCACAUCUUAUAACAAAAAUCUUCAAAAGUGAUAUUCUUAUAUUUAUUCUUCAUAUAAUUAAUAUUAUUAUCCCGCUAAUAACGAUGAUUAUGAAUAAUAAUAUUCUUCAAAAAUUGUUAUAUUGGUUAUUUAAUAUUAUUGCACCGAAUAUAAACGCUCAAGUUAUUAUUACUUAUAUAUUAGCACGAAAAAGUAAAUAUCGUAAACUUUUAAUCGAUCCACUUGGCAGUAUUUUUCCUGCAUCAUCAUUUUUUACACCAAUUGGUGAUAGUACAAUUGGAUCAAUUGGUUAA